AUGCGGGCCUCCCUCUUUGCCAUGGCGGCCAUGGUUGCUGGAACGUAUGCCCAGCCCACCUGUCCCGUGGCGGCAACCACCACGGUUUUCGUCACGGUCGACUCUAGCAACAACCCUGGUCCCUCAAUCAUCGUUCAGACUGUCACUGCAACCGUUCUUCCCCCUGCCCAGUCCCCUUGGUCCCCUGCACAGCCUGCUCAACCCAGCCUUCCGGCCACUCUCACUGUCACCAUCGACAGAUACGAUCCCCCUCCCGGCGGAUCUCAGUUCACUGGUCCCAAGCCUUGGGAGUCUUCCUCUGCCACGGCUGCUCCCGUCACUGUUGUCACUGCUACUGUCUACUCUCCUGGUUCCGCUAAUCCCAACGGUGGUUCCCCUGGCUCCCCUGCGUCUUCUGGUAAUUAUGUUCCUGGUAGUCAAGAGACUGCCACCGUAACACUUUCUGGCCCUCCUGGGUUUCCCUGGAAUCCUUCCCAGUCUGCCACCACUGACUGCCCGUUUGCCACUGGUGGCCCCAAUGGCUCAGGAAGCAACACUGCGGGUGUCACGGUCAUCACUACGACGCUUUACAGGACCAACGACAAUCCAGGCCAAGCGACCCCCUCCGUGGACUCUGUUGUUGCGUCCUUCACAGUCACAUUCCCACAGCCUGCUGCCACUGGAUCUGUUCCUGGAUCUGCCUCAACCGGCGCCGCUGUCGAUCCUGCGUCUGGCGAGUUGUUCACUUACACUCUGACUGCGCCGGCCGCCACUGGGCCUGCCGUCACCAACGCUCCCUCUGGCCCCGGCAAUGGGGUUUCCUUUACUGAUUUCACCACCACUCUCUACCGGACUCGGCCUGAUUCUGGCCAAGGCACACCUGUCGUCGAUACAGUUGUAACUUGCUUCACUGUCACUUUCCCUCCGACAACCGGCACUGGCCCCUUCACUGGCAUCCCCGCGGCUUCGACUGUUGUUCCAGGAAACCCGGAUGGCGGCUCUGUUGGCACCACCACUCGCUACGUUCCCACCAUGGUCCCUGGCCCCGAUGGCUCUUUGAGCUACUCCAUCCAGACUGUUGUGUCGACUUCCACAGCUCCAGCCCCCGGCUCUCCUUCUACGGCUGGCUCAGGUGUCACUACUGUGUAUAUUCCUGCUAAUCCUGCGGGUGUCACCACUGUGGUUGCCCUUUCUGAUUCUGCGGGCAUCCCCACUAGAGGGCCUUCAAAUGUUGUUACCACGACUCUGUACGUUCCUCAACCAAGCGCGGGCACUGGCGUCCAGCCAACAGAUCCUUCGGGUUUGGGCUCUGUCGUCGUAUUCACCUUGACUGUGCCUCAGCCUCCCGCCAACGGUGCUGUGACUUACACCACCAUACUUCCCAGCAUCCCAGGAGACAAUGGUUCUGCUGGUCCCAGCUCUGUCUCAGUUUCCACUGCUACGAUUAUCCUGACAGUGCCGACGCCGCCUGCUGCCCCUGGAGACACCAUCCCCUCUACGAUUCCCGGCGGUUACGGUGAACCUGCCCUUCCUGGAGCAUCUGGCCUUCCCUCUGGCGUGCCUGGAUCUUCCAAUCCCUCGGCUGGCGUUCCCGACUCUGGCACCCCAGGCUCAGGCACCCCAGGCUCAGGUAACCCAGGUUCAGGUGGUGGUUCUUCUCCCGGUCAGACCUCCGUCAUCUCUCCAGUUGGCUCCGGAGCUUCUCAGGGCACAUUGGGAGUUCCGGUUACAGUUACAAUUCCCGCGAGUGGUGUUAACCCAACAGAUACGAAUGGCCUUCCAGGUGGCUACACUAAUCCGGCUCAGUCUGGCAUCCCCCCUUUCGUGCUGCCCGGGCCACAGAUCACUGUUACUGUCGCUCAAGGAGCUCCUGAUGGAGGCAACCCAACUUCCGUUGCCGGCGUGCCAACUUCAGCAAUUGGUAGCUACUCUGUCAUUGUCGAUCCUGCAACUGUUGCCACUGGUCCUCAGAACUCACCUUCUGUUAUAACUCUUUGGCCGGUCGCAUCUUCCAUUGCCUCUGCUCUUCCUGGCGCUGCAACCUCAACCUCAUGCACCAGCUCCGAGUCGACUGGCGUUGCAUCCACGACUGUGCUAACCAGCAGUUUCAUCAAUGUCGUCGCUGAUGAAACAACCACAUACACGUUCCCCUACGAGUCUCUUGUCACCAAAGUCGACACAAUCUCUGCAUCUGCCACGAAUGUUGCCAUCACUGGCGGUGCUGUCACUGGAGGCGCCGGUGGCUCCGCCGUUGUCUCUACCAUCAUUGGUGUUUCCACUAUCCUCGGCAUCUCUACCAUCGCUGGUGUCUCCACGAUCGGUGGCCCUGCUGUCACCGCCUCCACGGCCUCUGCCCCUGCUGUCACUGCCUCACCUGCCGUCACUCCAUCUGUCUCUACUUGGCAGAGCGUCGUCGUUCAGAGCUCUGUCGUCCAGGUAUUCACCACUGGGGUUUUCACCUCCAUUGUCCAGCCCGGCGGGCUUCAGAGGCGAUACAUCAACACGACAGCGACAUCCAGCACGCCCACAUUGACGCCUGUGGCAACUCCCAUAUGCACUGGUACCACGGACGUUGGAAACCUUGUCCUCGAUUUUGAUGACGUUUCCCCCGGCCCUCUCUUCAACCCUUACCAUCGGUUCUGGUUCUCCAAGGGUUUCCUUGCUGGUCCUCCCCCGCUGAUGCCUUUCCUUCCGUCCUCUGGCGGUCGUCUCGUGGAGUUUGUGCCCCCGGUUCUGUCAAACACCUCUUCAGAUGGUGUCUCUGGAGACACUGCGCAGAUCGGCAUGGGCAAGCUGGCGUCUUCUCCUUGCUUCCAGUUUGAUUACUUCGGCAUGAACUUGGGUUGCCAUUCCACUUCCGACAUUCCCAACCAGCUCUGUGUCUUCACCUUCACUGGAUACAGAUGGGAUGCAUCCAACGCUACCGAGACAGAAGCCGUUAGCCAGCAAGCUUGGGUCAACGCUUGCAACCAGUCUUCCGGCUGCCCGCUGACUCCCUUCUCGGCUGUCGAUUUCACUGAUCUCAGCUCUAUUCUCAUCACUCUGCAAGUCGACAGCCGGCCUCAGGUUUGGUGGUCGGACGAUAUCCGGGUCGGCUGGAGCAAGAAUGACUGCGCGACUGCCAACUGCCGACGACAAUUCCAGCCAGAGAUUUCCCAACUUCACAGUGGUCCCUCCUUUUACUGGACCAGCUCUGGCCUGAGGGUUCUGUCUUCAUCCAGAAUCAAUCGGGGUUGA